UAUCGCAAAUUUUUGCAUAAUAUAUAAUAAUUAUAUUAGUAAUAACCAAAACAAAGGGUAAUUAUGUCAUGUUUUCGGCUGGCGACUGCCACAGUCCUAGCGGCUACACGUCCGUUGCCAGUGAGCUGCAGGACUUCGCGAUUUCUGUGCAAUAAAGCGCAUCAGGAGUUUGCAUUGGCACGCCGCACCUUCAGCAAACCAGCAGCAGCACCAGGCAAUGGAGUGAAGAAGCCCCCCAAUGGAACAUUCAAGCUGGCGCUGUUCGGAGCCGGCCUGGGCGCAGUCACAGGGUCAGUCUACACAGCGUACUCGCGGUGGACAGAUGGCGACUCCCAUAAGGAGCACGAGCACACGCCGCCCAAACGUGUAGACAACAUGCCGGCGGGCGUGCGUAUAACCAAGCGUUAUGUGAACCCCAAGGACACCUCCGGGCUGGACAUUGUGUUGUUCCAGUUCCAGACAUGUCCGUUCUGCUGUAAGGUCCGCGCCUACUUGGACUACAUGGGUGUUUCCUACUCCGUUGUCGAGGUGGAUGCCGUGCUGCGGCAGGAUAUUCGGUGGUCGGUACUGAAGAAAGUGCCUAUGGUGCUCCUACGCCAACGGGAUGGGGAUAGUCAAUACGUCCAAAUGGUUGAUUCUAGUGCCAUUAUAUCGCUAAUAGCCACCUAUCUUCACGAUAAGCGCACCGAUAUUGGCGAGCUGGCUGAAUUCUACCCGCACAUCUCGUUCUUUGACGACGAAAGCAAGAAAAAGACGGAUAUAUUGAACAAGUACUUCCUCAUGUAUCAGGAUCGUGCACCCAAGAGCGUAACCAAGGAAACAGAGGAAACCGAUCGCAAAUGGAGGAGCUGGGCUGACGACCACUUGGUGCACCUCAUAUCACCAAACUGUUAUCAGAGCAUGGAAGAGUCUCUGGAGACAUUUGAGUGGUUCUCAAAGGCGGGCGAGUGGGAUGUGCAUUUUCCAAAUUGGGAGAGAAAUUUGAUGGUCUAUUGCGGAGCCGUAGCCAUGUGGGGGAUCGCCAAGGUUCUGAAGCGUCGCCAUGCUCUCACCGAUGACGUCCGAUCUCAUAUGUAUGAUGCUCUGGACAAAUGGACCACCGAGCUGAAGAAGCGGAACACAAAGUUCAUGGGCGGAAAGCAGCCUAGUCUUGCGGAUCUCUCUGUUUUCGGUGUGCUUAGCAGUAUGGAGGGAUGCAAGACAUUCAAGGACUGCCUGCAGAACACAAGCAUUGGCAAAUGGUUUUACGACGUCAAGGAGAUUGUGGAAAAGAACCGAGGGCAACUGCACAGAGAACGCAUUGAAGGUGUCCUUUCAGCUGUUUAGAAGAAAAACUUUUAUACAUUUACCCAAAGAUUGUUAUAAACGAAAUGGUUCAAUAAAACAAAUUUAUUCUUUUUUUUUGAAAC